AUGUUUGAAUUACUCCGUUGUUGCCUUCUCCUUUUGCUCUGUCACCUCACCCUGGGCUCUAAUUCCUUCAAAGAGAAAGAUUUCCUGGCCAACCUCACCUUAAACUACGACCCCAAGAUCCGCCCAGUGUUGGAUGGUUCCAACACGACAGAAUUCAUGACUCUCGGUGUUACUCAACCCUGGAUUGAAGUUACCUUCGUCCUGAAGAGACGAACCACUUUCUACAUCCUCAACAACAUUCUGCCUGUCGUGUUCCUGUCCUUUCUCAACACCUUCGUAUUCUGUUUGCCCGAGGAGAGUGGUGAGAAGAUGUCAUUGUGUGUCUCCAUCCUGUUGUCCUAUGCCAUGUUCCUGACCCUCAUCAACUCCUACCUACCAGCGAACUCCGACCACCUGUGUUUCUUCAGUGUCUACCUCACCCUGCUUGUGUUGAUCAGCACACUCACAUGUCUCGUCACAAUCUUCAUGCUGGCACUUCACACUUAUUUUCAAACGGGCAAAGCUUGUCCAAGAUGGCUGCCAGUCGCUUGGAGGUCAGAUAGCAAAGUUGGAACAAGUGAACCAUGGGUUAAAAAGGAAGACAUAGUUCCAAACCAAUCUGAUGUAAACGGUAAGGCAAACAAUAAGUCGGAAAUGAAGGACUUGAUUAUCGCCAAGUGUAACAGAGUGGCAUUUGGAACGUUCUUCACUGACAAUCCUCAUUAA